CCCUUCAAGGUCCCCACCGUGUGUCGGAUUUCUCGCUGCUCUCACCGACUGUAUGUUGUACAGCACUGGGGGAUGGAUUGAAGGAAGGCAUGGAUCCCAUAGAAGAAAAAACGAGCAAAUCGGUCGACAUAUACCGUGAUACAUGGGUUCGCUUCCUAGGCUAUGCCAAUGAGGUCGGGGAGGCUUUUCGUGCUCUGGUACCAGUGAGCUUUGUUUGGGCCAGCUACGCUGUGGCCACCGUGUACGUUACUGCCGAUGCUGUGGACAAAGGGAAGAAAGCCGCUGUGGCCCACGGUGACAACCCAGGGAAGACAACGCGGGUAGCGGUGGCAGUGGUGGACACGUUUGUGUGGCAGGCCCUCGCCUCUGUUAUGAUCCCGGGCUUCACCAUUAACCGAGUGUGCGCUGCGUCACUGCACCUGCUGGGCAAAACGACAAAGUGGCCCCUGCCCGUCCGCAAGUGGACCACGACAGCGAUUGGCCUCUCUACGAUCCCCUUCAUCAUUACUCCGAUAGACAGGUCGGUGGAUUUCCUGCUGGAUUCCAGCCUCCGGAAGGUCUACCAUAAGGAAGAGAAGGACAAAUAAGGACAGGUCACGCAGGACAGGCGUCCCGUCCUGGUGCUGGACACCACUCCAGUCGACGUGGAUCUGUUCUUGUCCACCAUGUGAAGCAUAAAAGAAUGGUGAGGAGGAAUUUCAUGAAGCAAGACUCCACAGUUGGUCACAAAUACAUAAUAAAAUAGAUUUUACUACAAAGUUAUAUUAUUUAUAUAAGUAAGUUGAAAGGGAAUUCCUGCUUCAUGAAAUAUCUCCUUGGGAUCCUUAAUCUAAACCUCUCAGGGCAAUCUGGAUAGCGACACCGAAAAAAAAUGCUGAAACAGGAAUUUUACAGUAUGAAAUAUGUUUAAAUAUUCAGUGUAGUCCUCCUUCCUUAAAUAUUCCUCGGCAGGGACACAGUGUGCUGUUAUAUUCCUUUGAUCCUCCUUUCAGAGAAAGCCUUCACGGUUGUCCUCGUGGUUUAGAGUUAUAAACUCACCUCGUGUCCAGAUGUCGAGGAGAUUAAAGACAGAUCCACCCUUGUAGUGUUUAUUAGCCAGAUCAAAAAUACAGCCAGUUGUCUUUAAUGUCCCUCUUAUUCUUGACUUCUGAAAACAAAGGUGUCUUGUUACUUUGAAUACAUGUUUCAAGUGUCUUGUGCACUUUUCCUUGUUUCAUUUGACCUUACUGUUGGUGAUGGGAGCCAAUGUUUGCACUGGGAGAAUUUUUUACACCACGGUUACAAUCCAUAUUAUUCUAAAUGCUAUAUGGUUAUCUUAAACUAAGAAUAUUGGUAGUUACACAACGUAGAACUUAUUUCUCACCAAUAUCUAAACUGUCAGUCUUGAUGUACAAUACUAUAACUUCUUUUGUGUGGAAUCGUGAGCCAUUUGAAACUUGUUUGACUGAACAAGCUUUUUUAAAAUUCAUUCACAUUCAAUUUAGCAUUGAACUUCAUAAAUACUCGUGGAGGUCAGUGUCUAUGCAGAAACGGGUUUAAGGGAUUCUUUGAGAAAUAUGCAGAUUCUAUAAGCUUUUAUUAUUUCCAAUGCUUUUCUUUGAGGAGCCGAGUCAUAUCUCAUGCUGUAACAAUGCAAAGGAAGCCUGGGAAGAUGUGUACACAUGUGAGUUUCACACAUUACAGGGAUUGUUCUCCUUUAAGAAAUAAGAUAUGUGGUUAACUGAUGUUGUGGAAUAAGAAGGGAACGCUGAUGCUAAAUGUGACUAGAAAAUUAAGGAAUGGUUAUAAUUGCCAAUUCAUUCUGUGAGUGCACAACUCAAGCAAUAACCUUUUUUUGUGUCACAAUAUUCUGUUUGCUGUUCGGUUUAUCAUGCAUGGAGGAAUUGUGCAAAUCUAUAUAUUCAUGUCCAAUUUUAACACUUCAGAUUGUACACAGGACUUAUAUUUUUAUUGUUACACACGCAAAAUGAAAAUGAACGGUUUUCUUUUUUUUAACAUGUUUUCAAAGUUCUUUUUAUGUGGCAGUGUUUUCGGAAGUGGAUUUUUAUGGUUCAUGUUUUCAGCCUGAACCGAAAAAGAAUGUGGAGCUACUUUUUUUUUUUUUCAAAUGUGAAAGCAGCUGUCAUUUAUUACAAUGGAGAGCCAAUAUUCAGCAGUCCUGCUGCUCUGUAGCAUUUUCUGACACACUGGAGAAAUAAAGAAAUCCAUCUUGAAAUAAAUCAAAGUUUAAAAUACCA